UAAUUCCAAUCCAAGUAGCUGGGUGGAAGAAUGAGAAAAGCGUCGUCGAUCUCAGCGCGUUUGUUUCUAGGGUUUGUUCGAGGCCAAACAACCUCCAAGCUCCGGUGCUUCAAUGCGGUGCGUUUUCACUGUGAUCGAGCCCAACCUUCCUCUAUUAAGCCUCCAGGUCCAGGGCCACUAACGCAGUACAAGAGCCUCGUCGAGGAAGGGAAGCUGCAGCAUGAUCCGAAGCAAGAGACGGUGGCGUUUCAAUUGGAGGAGUUGCUCGGGAGAUUGGAGCAGUACGAGAGAGAAAUGGAGGAUUAUCAUGAAAAGCUUGCGAUUUGGGAGAGGCGGAGAGAGGACGAGCGGCGGAAGCUUUUAAUGGAGGAAGCUGAGAGCCAGCAGAAAGAUGAUGUAUGGACAUCAGUCACCAACCAGCGCAAUAAGUUUGUGCAGAGAUGGCUGUCCCGGAAGAAACCUGAUAAAGCAGAACCCGGAGUGGGGAAAUGGGUUUCGUAUCUUAAUCGAGAGAGGAAGUUAGAUUCACGCGUUGGUCGCCGCCCAACUGCUCCUCCGGCUCCCAAGGGACUGUAUAUUUACGGCAAUGUUGGAAGUGGUAUGAAGACGAUGCUUAUGGACAUGUUUUUUAGUGCCACUGAAGGAAUAGUUAAGCAUCGAAAGAGAUAUCACUUUCACGAGGCAAUGUUAAAGAUUAACGAACAAAUGCAUCAGAUUUGGAAAAGCCAAGUGGAGGAAAAGUCUUUGCAUUCAAGCCUUUCCAAUUGGGUAAUGAAUCUUCCCUUUGAUUCGAGGGUGAAGGAGUGGGUCGCUGCAGAAGAGAGAUAUAAGCAAGAGGUUCAGAUGAAAAACAUCCUUCCAGCUGUAGCAGAUAAGCUGCUCAUAGACCGGCAGGCAAAUCAAAAGGGUGGUAGCAUUCUCUGUUUUGACGAAAUACAGACUGUUGAUGUAUUUGCUAUUGUGGCCUUAUCUGGAAUUGUUAGCAGAUUGUUAAGUACCGGAACUGUUUUUGUUGCCACCAGUAAUCGAGCGCCAACAGACUUAAAUCAGGAUGGUAUGCAGCGGGAGAUCUUCCAAAAGUUUGUUCGCAAACUGAAUGAGCACUGUGAGACUGUACUCAUUGGAAGUGAGAUUGAUUAUCGUCGUGUUAUAGCUCAAAGUCAAAGAUCUGCAGACCAGGUUCACUACUUCUGGCCCUCAGACAGCGUUGCUAUGGAGAAAUUUGAGAAGAAGUGGCAUGAAGUCACAAACCAAAUAGGGGGACAGAUUGCCUCGGAUACUAUUCGAGUGAUGUUCGGGAGAACACUGGAGGUUCCCGAAUGCUCUAAUGGAGCGGCACGGUUCACAUUUGAUUAUCUCUGUGGUCGGCCGGUAGGUGCAGCUGAUUAUAUUGCAGUUGCAGAAAAUUAUCACACUAUAUUUAUAUCUGACAUUCCAAUGAUGAGUAUGCGUAUCCGUGAUAAGGCACGGCGGUUUAUUACCCUCAUUGAUGAAUUAUACAAUCAUCAUUGCCGUCUAUUUUGUUCUGCAGCAUCUUCUAUUGAUGAAUUAUUUCAAGGAACUGAAGAGGGUACUCUUUUUGAUCUGGAGAGUUUCCAGUUUGAAACAGAGACAGAAGGUUCAAAGCUUCGUCGCGAUGUUUUAGCAGAAGGGAAUGUUAGUUCAGGAGGUGCCCCAACUGGUAUAAUAUCCAUGCUAUCUGGUCAAGAAGAGAUGUUUGCUUUCCGCAGAGCAGUGUCGCGCUUGAUUGAAAUGCAGACGCCCGUAUAUUUGGAGGGAGUCCACAGUCUUCAUCCGUAUUUCCAGAAACAACGCCGGGGAUUUGAAAGUAUAUCUUCACGAAACAUACAGCCGCAGUUGUCAUAUUAAGCAGCAGAAUUGUUGUACCAAUGUUACUUCUUCCUGUCCAUUUAUAAUUUUCCAUUCAUUUGUAUCUCCUUACGGUAUGAACUAAGGAGAAAAUCCAAAGAAGUCUGAACUUGCCAUUACUUGACAAUUAACACACAAUGUCAAGGUUGUGUGUGUGUUUUAAUAAAGAAAUUUGAUAUUUCAUU